AUGCUUCUCGAAGAGGAUCCAGCAACGCUCAUCCACCACACGAUCCAAAACUUCAACAUCGGCCCAGACAAAGUCGCCGUAGCACGGAUAAACGACUCCCUCGCGACCCUGCAGCAGGCGCGCGACCUACAGCGGCAGGAGGCGGAGGGCGCGCUCAAGAAGCUCGCGCGGCAGCUGGGCACGCUGCAGGCGCAGCACGCGGAGCUGGUCGGGGCGCACUCGCCGGCUGAGCACGCGUCGGCGAUCGCGCGGCUGGACACGCAGAAGUUCCGCACCGCCAAGGCGGCGUCCGACCUCGAGAUGGAGACGGAGCGCCUCGCGGGCCAGCUGGCGGACCUGAACGCGCGCCUGCAGGAGCUCGAGCUGCAGGGCGUCGAGGGCGGCGCCGACGGCGCGGGCCGCGAUGCUGUCGAGGACGAGGUGCUGCUGCGCCUGAGAGUGUACCGCAGCCUGGGGAUCGAUGUUGAGCGUGAUGAGCGCGAUGGCGAGUUCGCGCGUGCGGUUGUGCGGAAUGAUCGCAAGGGGGACGUGCAUGUUGUGAAUCUGGACAAGAAGUUCUCGCGGUUCUUCUAUGCCAACUAUUUCUGGCAGACCUUGUGA